AUGGAAUGGGACGAACGAGCAGAGCUUGCACAUGACACGCUGUGCGACGAGUGGUUCAGCAAAUUCCGAGCGCAACGAGGCCCGACUAUUGCCAACUGGAUCUCUUCUUUCCGCAGUGGCCACCCAAGCGAGAUUGUUGAAGAUCACUGUGGUUCCUUCAAUUGGAGCUGCCGCGUACGCUUCAAAGACAGCGUGGAAUGGCUAGUACGAUUUGCCGUGCCUGGAAGAGUUAUGGACGGGGACGAGAAGCUACGUCGAGAAGUCGCAGUGAUGUGCUUGGUCAGGGAAAAAACAAAGAUCCCGGUGCCCAAGUCCCUCGGUCAUCUUUGGCGAGAAGGGCCUAAGGAACGGAUACUAAGAUCCGAUAUUAGCGAACGAGACCUGCGCACUGUGUAUCGCCAGAUAGCGGGUUUCUAUCUCGAACUUUCAAAGUUAGAGUUUCCUAAUGUUGGGUCUCUAUCUAUCAGGGACGAUCAAAGUAUCCACUCGGACUUAGGGCCGCCAACGCUUAAGAUGCAAGAAAUAGAGGCACAUGGAGGAGUUAAAGUUGGAGACAAUCGCUCGACAACAUUUCCAUCCGCGAGAGGAUACUUCGACUACGUCGCUAAGCAAGAUAUGGAACAAUUAUGCGAGCAGCCCAGCUCAGUCGACAGCGCUGAUGAUGCUCGGGCUAAAUACAGCUUCCGCCAUCAGGUUAAGGCCAUCAUUCCACGCUUUCUCGCUGACGAGUAUAAUCGGACCGGCUUCAGACUAAUAUGCGAUGAUUUUCGCUACGGGAACAUGAUUGUCAACAACGCAAGAGAACUUAAGAUAAUCGCGGUGAUAGACUGGGAGUGGGCAUACGCGGCGCCGUACCAGAUGUUUUGCUCGGCGCCACGAUGGCUUCUAAUAAAGAAUCCAAUCUUCUGGGCAGCACCCAACGGUUCUGAAUUUCAUCGAUACAACGCAUGCCUAGAAAUUUUUCUCGACGAGCUUAAACGGGAGGAGAGCGAAAGAAACAAGGUUACGCCGCAGCUUGGACUUCAGGAUAGACUUUCUGACCUUAUGCGGAAGUCUAUGAGCGACGGCAAGUUCUGGUUCCACGAAUUGAUAUAUGACUGUUUCACAGCUGCCGACAACUCAGCCUGGAAGGCUAUUUGCGAUAUCUACCCUAACACCGGUGAGCUCGCCCCUAUCUCAGAGUCGGAGCUUGAUAAGUUCGUUGGAAAGAAAAUGAAGCAAUUGGCGGCGUAUAGGGCGGAGUGGGGCGCGAUAAAGGCAAGGAUCGAUCGCGAACAGGCCGAAUUGAAUGAAAAGAUGCAACAGAUGGCGUUCGAGGAUUUGGAAGCUAGCGAAUGUAGUACGGAGUCAUGA